UAUGGUCACCCUGAAUGAGAAUUCUUGAUGUACAUACAAAAAGCGAUCUAAAGUGUAGUACAGAAAAUAUUGAUUUAUAAUUAUCUUGACAAAGAAAGACAUCUUUGUUUAUACAACAUGACUGAUCAACGGGGGACUAGAGUUUAUGUCGGUAAUUUAACUGAUAAAGUUAAGAAGGACGACUUGGAAGGUGAAUUUACAAAGUACGGAAAGCUGAAUUCAGUAUGGAUUGCAUUCAAUCCGCCCGGAUUUGCCUUUGUUGAAUUUGAGCAUCGUGAUGAUGCCGAAAAAGCAUGUGACAUUUUAAAUGGUUCAGAACUGUUGGGCUCCCAGUUGCGCGUGGAAAUUUCUAAGGGUCGACCUCGGCAAGGCCGGCGCGGCGGACCUGGCGACAGAGGACGCCGCAGCGAUGUCGGCAGACAUAGCAUAACAAACAGCAGUAGCAGCGGUGGAUUCAGACAACAGCGAGGCUCCAGUAGCUCGAGUAGUCGCAAUUUCGAUCGCAGUUACAGUUCCGGUCGCUCAAGCGCCGGCUAUGGCGGUGGCAGGGACGGAAGUACUAACGGAUUCAGUCGUCGCGAUGUCUACAAUGGAGCAAGAGAAAGCAGCCGCUACAGCGGUGGAUCUGGUUCCAGCUAUGGUCGGAACGGAGGAGGACAAGGUGGAGGACGCUUUAGAUCUCGGUCACCAGUUGGAAAUCAUCGAUUCUAAAAACCAACCUUUCAAUUUGAAGCUGUUAAUAGAACAAUAUUAAACGUCUGAUACGACCCAGCUACCAAAUGAAAUCAUUGCUAAUAUGUACAUACAUAUUUUAAAAACAAUUUUUAAGAUUUGGUUUAUAAUCAAUAAGGAAUGCAUUCUAUUAAAACUUACUUCUAUGCUAGGAGAUCAGCUUUUGGAAAAAUA